AUGACGGCACUUCAACCGCCGAGUAAGGAUCAUCUGGUUCGGUUGGUGGCCUUGAUCUUGGCAAGACCCUGGACGGCCUUCCGGCUCAAGGUCCACAGCUCGCAGGCAGCCAUCCUUGUCCUCGCAGGCGGGGUGAGCAGCAUCUCCGUGCCUACCGGUAAGGAGACACCCAUCACCCCCGCGAAGGUGACACCGAGGCCGACCUACCGACCACCAACGGCACACCCGGCCCCCGUCGUGGAGUACACACUGGACAACCCAGAGCCUGAACCUCUGGACCCAAGCUGGGCCUUUGUACCGGUCAAGUACCUCAACGUACCUAUGACAAUUAGGAACCCAUAUCCAUAUCUGCAUAAAGAAAAUGUAGAUGUCGUCGAUCAGGCUGGUCCAAUUUAUGAAUAUAACUUCGGAGCUAAGGUACUCAAAGAGAAAUACAAGCCACGCUAUUAUCAACCGAAAUUCGCUCAGACUUACAAAGUGCCAACAAAAGGAGCAUACCCCAAAAAAGCCGUUUCUGAUAUGAAGCAUUAUUAUUACCAGAAACAAGCCGUGCAGCAACUUCAGCAAGAACCACAACAGCAAGUACAACAGGCAACACAGCAACAAAUCCAAGAUGUGCAACAACAGCAGGUACAACAGCAGCAAGUAGAUCAACAGCAGUAUCAGCAACAACAGGAAUAUCAACAGCAAGCACAACAACAGGAAUAUCAACAUCAACAUCAAGAGCCACAAUUAGAUCAAGCACAAAGCCAAUAA